CCAUGCUUCGUAAUAUUCUUAUAUCGUGGGAUUCGUGGCCUCAAAAAGCUACAGUGACUGUAUCAGCUUUGCGUGGUACACGCAUCGACACAUUGAUCAAGGACGUCAAGACGAUUCGGAUCACAACUCGAUUUUGCGACCGCGCGCGGUGCUGCUCCGCAUCAUUGUCCCUUUGGCCAGGUGCGCCGCAAGUCGACCACGUCGGACGACAGACAGCUUCAGUGGCGGCGCAUGAGCAACGGUCACUGCCUGAGCCCUUCGCUACUACAGCGAUCGACCCGCGGAGCAAUCGGCCGAGCGAGAUCUGUGACAGCGAACGCCAACCACCCUCGUUCUGCGACCGUGUGCUAUGCCGACGUAUUCUACAAUCUCGAAUGGGAACUCUGCCGGCGGAGAUCGAGGCGAUAUGGCGAGAGCUAGACGGCGAGGCGGCAAAGAUGCUCGUCCUGGUGGUGGACAGGCGUCCAUGGCGAGCAGUGUCGUCAAUCUGCUGAACACAAUCGUCGGUGCCGGUACUUUGGCCAUGCCCUCUGUCUUGUCCCACACGGGAAUUAUGCUAGGCAUUUUCCUUAUCAUUUGGUCAGGAUUAUGCGCCGCCUUCGGCCUCUACCUACAGUCCAAAUGCGCGCGGUACCUCGAACGAGGCACGUCGUCUUUCUUUGCGCUUUCGCAGAUCACCUAUCCCAACGCGGCGGUCAUCUUUGAUAUGGCCAUUGCAGUCAAGUGCUUCGGCGUCGGCGUCUCCUACAUGAUCAUCAUUGGCGAUCUGAUGCCUGGUGUCGUAAUGGGGUUCAUUGAUAACGCCGAGAAAUCGCCAUACCUGGUUGAUAGGCAUUUUUGGAUCACCGCAUUCAUGCUCUUGGUCAUCCCUUUGAGCUUCUUGAAGCGUCUCGACUCGCUCAAGUACACCAGCAUCGUGGCGUUGAUUUCCAUCGGCUAUCUCAUUGUUUUGGUCAUUUACCACUUCCAUGUGGACCCACAUGCUGCGCCUGAGAACGUUCGCGUAAUUCAAUGGGCUGGUGCUGUUGAGACGCUGAGCGCAUUGCCCGUGGUCGUAUUUGCAUACACCUGUCACCAGAAUAUGUUCUCGAUCAUGAAUGAGAUCAAGGACAACUCUCAGCCCAGUAUCAUCAGGGUCAUCGGAUCCAGCAUUGGGCUUGCUGGUAUCAUCUACAUUGUUGUCUCCAUCACAGGGUACCUUACCUUUGGAAAUGAUGUUGUGGCGAACAUAGUGUCCAUGUAUCCAACUGGCGUAGCCUCCACCAUAGGCAAGGCGGCCAUCGUCGUUCUAGUGCUUUUCUCUAUUCCACUCCAGGUCCACCCAUGCCGGGCGUCUCUCGAUGCGGUCCUUAAGUGGCGACCCAACAGGAACAGCCGCAACGCUCAGACGAACGCGAGGGCAGGCUCUCCAAUGCUCACUGCAUCGGGUGCUCCCAGGAAUGAUCUUGGGGGGCCGGCAGCCAUGUCUGAUGGUCGGUUCGCGCUGCUGACCGCCAUCAUUCUGACCUUGGCGUACAUCACUGCUUUGUCUGUGAACAGUUUGGAUCGCAUGCUGGCUUUUGUCGGCAGCACUGGGUCCACCUCCAUCAGCUUCAUCCUCCCUGGGCUUUUCUAUUACAAGAUUAGUGAUCCGGACAGCAUCCACCACCAGAGCUUGAUGAAGGAAGACGACGACAUGGACGACAACGGCACUUCGGACGUGGAAGAUGCAGGCACUCUUGCCCAGAGCACCCACAGCCUGCACAGCAAUGCUUCUGGAAGCAGUGCUUCGCCAGCAACAUGGCGAUGGCGCCGCAAAUGGCGGUGGGACUUUGAUCACAUCGAACACGGCCUGCUGCGCAAGCUUAGUCUUGGAAUAGCCUUCUAUGGCAUCGUGGUCAUGGCCGUGUGUUUGAUUAUGAACAUUUUCAUGCAAGCCGGUCAUUGAGACAACCAUACAGUUUUCUACGAAACCCGAACCUCUCAUCCGGCUUUACCGCACGCAUAUUGUACAUAUUCACGAGUUUCUUUUUCCUUUUAUUUCUACUGUAUUGGCAUGGCAUGAGCGGAGUUUUGAUAGCGAUCGACGUUGCUCGCUUAGAGGCAGGGCGUUAUAGAGUGUUUGGACAAUCUCACAUCGCAAUGUACGCAAAGAAUGAUACAUUAUUUGACGUA